AUGAAUCCUGAAGCCCGUAACAUAUUUAUUUUGGGGCUUGGAAUCCUAUUUGGAUGGAUGGUUAUUAUUCUAAUAUGCGCAUCACCACAGCUCUUUCGCGACAUCAUAAAACGCAGUUGCUGUUCGAAAUCGGCUCGAAAACAACGAGCGGAAAAAAUUCGAAAGGCAGAAGCUCGAGUGAUUGCCACACGAGCACUCGCUGAAAAGCCGAACUCUUUUCUGCUUGGACAAGUAAUGGUGAUGAGCAAUUUGGGUUCAAAUAAGGUCGGCUCCGAUUCGAUGCAUUUAGAUUUGCUGGAGCACAGUGAUGAACCGCUCGUCGUACCGGGCCCGUCCAGUGCGUAA